AGGGGUGGUGCCGGGACUAGGGCGGGCCUAUAGCUGCUUAGACUCGCAAACAGACCGCCCCUUUAUGGCAUCACACUCCCACCUCAGCUGCCUGGCUGACACAGAAUCACAGACACUUCCUCUAAUCCUCAGUGUGACACGCGGAACUCGCUGCUGGAGGGGUGUCUGUACUUUGUAUCCUCGGUGAUGUUAUGUUUAGCAUCUUAUGGAGAGUUAUGAGGAGACAGUGACAACCAAGUGUUCCACAAUGAAAGCGGCGCUGCUGCUGUUGCUUCUUCUCGGCUACACUGAAGCGGUAGCGUCGAGCCGUGUGUUCCGCACCCUGUCCCACCUGAAGCCUCAGCGGGGAGAUGAUGGACAGACUGCUGCGGUCCGGGAGCUCCUCACACGGCUGCUCGGGGGCAGGGCCAGCGAAUUCUCAGUGACUGUCAAUAGCUCAUUGGCUGAGGAAGGGCUGGACACCUACAAGCUGAGCUCGGGGUCGGGAGGCAAAGUCGUGAUAGAGGGAAGCAGUGGGGUGGCUGCAGCCUCGGGCUGUUACAGUUAUCUGAAAUCCUACUGUGGGAGCCACAUCUCAUGGUCUGGGGUCCAACUGCAACUCCCAGUGACCCUUCCUCCCGUGCCCUCCCCUGUCACUGUCCGCACCCCACACAGGUUCCGCUACUACCAGAAUGUCUGCACCUCCAGCUACUCAUUUGUGUGGUGGGACUGGGCUCGCUGGGAAAAAGAAAUUGACUGGAUGGCCCUCAGUGGAAUCAACAUGCCCCUCGCAUUCACUGGCCAAGAAGCCAUUUGGUAUAAAGUAUAUUUAUCAUUGGGUCUGAAUGAAUCUGAGAUUUUUGAUUUCUUCACUGGUCCAGCAUUUUUGGCAUGGGGUCGGAUGGGGAAUAUUCACACGUGGGGGGGUCCUUUGUCUGUUUCAUGGAUGGAGAAGCGGCUGACACUGCAGUUGAUGAUUGUAGAGCGCAUGAGAUCCCUGGGAAUGAUGACUGUAUUACCAGCGUUUGCCGGGCACAUCCCACAGGGUAUACUAAGGGUCUUUCCCAAAGUUACUGUGAGCAGACUCGGUGGAUGGAGCAAUUUUAACUGCACAUAUUCCUGCAGUUACCUCCUGGACCCGGAAGAUCCUCUGUUUCAGUGGAUUGGGGAACUCUUCCUGAGCCAGAUGGUCGAGUCCUUUGGCACUGACCAUAUCUACAGUGCAGACACAUUCAAUGAGAUGUCCCCCACAUCAUCUGACCCAGGCUACUUGUCGGCAGUCAGCGGUGCUAUAUUUAAAUCCAUGACGAAAGUGGAUCCUGAAGCCAUAUGGUUGAUGCAAGGUUGGCUGUUUAUAAACAACCCAUCAUUUUGGCAGCCUGCUCAGACUAAGGCCUUGUUGCACGGUGCACCGAUUGGCAGAAUCCUUGUCCUGGACCUGUUUGCAGAGACUGUACCUGUUUACCUGAAAACCGAGUCUUUCUAUGGCCAGCCCUUCAUCUGGUGCAUGCUUAAUAACUUCGGAGGGAACCAUGGUUUGUUUGGUAACAUUGAAGGCGUUAAUAGGGGACCCUUUGAUGCUGCCAAGUUUCCUAACUCUACGAUGGUGGGCACAGGGUUAACCCCUGAAGGCAUUGAGCAGAAUGACAUGAUAUAUGAGUUUAUGAAUGAAAUUGGUUGGAGUUCCAAACCCAUCGUCCUGACCGACUGGAUUUCCAACUAUUCUGACAGACGCUAUGGGCAGAAAAAUACAGAUGCCAGGAUGGCAUGGCAACUACUCCUCAGGAGCGUCUACAACUGCACUCAGAUUCUGCACAACCAUAACCACAGCCCGCUGGUCCGUAGGCCAUCUCUAAAUAUGAACACAGAUAUUUGCUACAACAAGGCGGAUAUUUAUAAGGCAUGGAUGUUCAUGCACAAUGCAUCCUCCUCUCUUGGAAAGAGCAGCACUUUCCUGUACGACUUAGUGGAUAUCACUAGGGAGGCUGUGCAGCAAUUAGUCUCAGAGUAUUACUUGGAAAUCAAGGAAGCUUAUCAGAAAAGGGAUCUUCAGCAACUGAUGACUGCAGGAGGGGUCUUGGUUUAUGAUCUUCUGCCUGAGCUUGAUAGUCUUCUUUCCAGCCAACCUGGGUUCCUGCUGGGCUCAUGGCUAAAAGCAGCUAAAUCAAUGGCGUCAACUCCAGAGGAAGCUGCCUUGUAUGACAUGAACGCACGCAACCAGAUCACCUUAUGGGGCCCAACAGGCAACAUCCUGGACUAUGCCAAUAAACAAUAUGGUGGACUGGUGCAGGAUUAUUACUCCGAGCGGUGGGGUCUCUUUGUCUGGUUUCUCGUUCAAAGCCUCAACAAGGGGGAGCAUUUUAAUCAAGAUAAAUUCAACAAGGCUGUCUUUGUUCUAGAAGAAGACUUUGUUUACAAUGGCAAGGAGUACAAGGAAAGCCCUACUGGAGACACCCUUGAGAUAGCCAAUAAGAUUUAUCUGAAGUACCACCCACAAGCCGGAAAGAAAAGGUUCAUCAAUAAGAGUAAAGACCUCAAGCUGAGCCUCUAAUGAGGGAAUUUACGUUCAUACUGGAACUCGCCAUACAGAUGCCCAAUUAUGACUUUAUUCUUUAAGUGCCUUGUUUUCUUCCUGUCUCUUGGCAGAUAUUAUUUUCGUUUUAUUAUAAUGAGGGAAUUUUACUAUUGUCAAUUGAUUUUUAUAAAGAGGUAUUUUUCUAUUUCCCAUCCACCGUGGUACAAAUUUUUAGACCUUGUGUUACUGAUCGUGAGCAUUAUUGAAUUAUGGUGAACUUGCUUGCGAAGUCUAGAUUGGUACAUCCUAAGCUGUGGUGUGUUCUCUUGGCCUUGUUUUUAUAAAUGCAUUGUCCUGGAUUCCUCCCAUGGAUCCUGGCUCUCACCUUCUCUUCUUCCCGUCCAUGUUCUUUUUGAUUCAGUUCCUGAUCACUUCCCUGUUACAUUUUCCAGCACUUCUUACGUUUGGUACUUUUGCCUUUUUUUUUUCUCAUCCCACUAAAUCUCCUACCAAGUCUCUCAUCUCUUUCUGACUCCUUUCUCUCUCCUCACUCAAGCUUAUUUUCUAGUGCUGACCUCUGUUACAAUAUGGUGGCUUCCAUUGCUUGUAUGCUGAGCACACUAUUUGGCAUAAGUAAAGAACAGACCUAAUGUAGCAAUCCUCAAUGUGUCCCUAUGUGUUUUUGCAUCAGAGAUCUCAUACUAUUUGGUUAGGCUUGUUACUAGUAGAGAAGGAUUGCUGUGCUCCUAAAGCACCUUAUAGCCAGCCCAUAGGUGUGUUAUCACUGUACUAUGAAAUAUAUGUAACCAUUUACAUAAAGCUAUGAUUCAUUGCCA